AUGGCGGCCCUGCGGAUGCUGGACUACACCGCCUUGUGGUGGGACAAAUGCAGGACUCUGGAAAGUUUGGCGUUGAGCGAAAUUUUCAACUUCAUCCUGAACAUCCUGUUGCCCAUCUCGUUGGGCUUCUUCUCCCUGCCGAUCUCCCGCAAGCCCUGGAUCACCGUUCGGUGGAUCAGCACCAUCUGUUACAACCUAGACACCAAGCUGAGAUCGCCAGCCAAGCUCGGGGGGCUCCAGGGAGCUGAAGGACUUCCUCCAGGGCUGCAUCACCCGCGGCUGUAA